AUGCGCGUUGCCAUAUUUGCCAUACUUUUGGCUUUGUCUGGUCUCUUGGCGUCUGCUUCUCCACUCCCUAGUCCUGUCAUCCCACAAGUGUACCACCAGAAUUCCAUGCAAAAUCAUCAAGCAAAUGCAGAAUGGCAUGAUCAACAGGCAACAUACCACGGUGGACGUGCACAGAGAUAUCAGAAUAAGCUCAACCAGGCACAACAUAGUGAUGACCAUCACAAGAUUGAGAGGUACAAGGCUAAAUACGACGUUCAUAACGCAAUGCACGAGUUUCAUGCCACCCAUCGCAAUGAAGAGCAAGCCAAGGCGAACUACCAUGCUCAGGCGCUUGCGCAGCUUUCCUCUCGUAGCAUAGAUGAGUUGGAUUAG